AUGGCGUCCAGGGCGCUCCUCCUCUGCUCCCUCGUCGCCCUCGCCCUCGCGGCCGGCUCCGACGCCAGGGACCACGUCGUGGGCGGCGGCAAGGACGGCGCCUGGAGGGUGCCGCCCCCGGCGCAGCCCGACGCGCUCAACGACUGGGCCGGGAAAGCCCGCUUCCACGUCGGCGACAACCUCGUGUUCAAGUUCGACGCGGCGACGGACUCGGUGCUGGAGGUGACGCGGGCGGACUACGACCGGUGCAACACGGCCAGCCCCAUCGCCACCUACAAGGCCAGCGGCGCGGUCGUGCCGCUGCCGCCCAAGGGCGCCCGCUUCCGCUACUUCAUCAGCGGCGCCCCCGGGAACUGCCAGAAGGGCGAGCGCGUCAUCGUCCUCGUCAUGUCGGAGAAGCACGGCAGCCGGGUCCCGCCUGCCGCGCCGGCCCCCGCGCACUCCCCCUCCUCCUCCGCGGGGCUCGUGGAGGCGCCCGCCCACGCGCCCGCGCCCGCGCCGGCCACUGGCGCCGCGUGGAGGACGGCGUCCGGCAGCGGCUCCGUGGUCCUCGGCGCUCUCCUCGGAGCGCUGCUCGUCGUUGGGUUCUGA